AUGCAAGAUAUAAAUAAACGAUUAAAAGGAAAAUUACUGGAAACGCAGGAAUGGUAUGUUGGAUUGUUAACAAGGACUGCAGUCGAGUGUUAUCUGAAGAAGGAAGGUGAUUUUGCGGUACGGACAAGUGAGAAAGGUGGCACACUGGAAUUCGUUGUUUCUGUUCGUGGCGCAUCAACAUGUGCACACUUCACUGUAUUUUAUGAGGACAAUGCUGGAUGGGGUUUAAAUUUAGACAAUCAAAACACUUUCCCGACUGUGGUGGAUCUAGUGGAGUAUUAUCGAAAGCAUGCUCUUCCAGGAGGAAAUUCAUUAAAGCAUCCCGUUAAACGACCAAAAUGGUACUUGAAACAUGAAAAUUUAUCUUACGAUACCAAGAGAGAUUUGCUUGGAUCUGGAAAUUUUUGUGACGUCUACAAAGGAAGAUUAAAUGCCACAAAAUCAGUAGCUAUCAAAAUCUGUCAUGGACCAAACGGAGAAAAAAAAGAUCAGGAUUUGCGCAACGCAGAAAAGGCCAAAGAUUCGCUCAUCAAAGAAGGUAGUUUCAUGGCCGAAUACAGACAUCCAAACAUCAUCAAGGUAACUCUUUCCAUCAUUCCAGUGCAUACGAUGAAUAUAAACCACACCAACAUAGAACAUCCUUGA